AUGAGGGAAGCUGGAGUUUUACCUGUAUCCAGCAUCUGGCUCGUCACUUUGUGGUUGUGUACAUAUUUCCAGACUGUUUCCGGUUCCUACUGUUUCUAUUCCUACUAUUAUUCCUAUUACUACUGCUACUAUACCUAUACCACAGGCUACGAUGUGAUUGGGGGAGCGAUUGCUGGGGCUAUCGUUUGUACGGCUGUGGUGGUCGUAGUGAUCAUUCUGGUAUGCAAGAAGCAAGCGGCGAAUCGAACCCGUGUGACUAAUAUCACACCAAGCACCACAGUAACCACCGUACACCAACCACCACCACCAGCAGGUGGAAUGUAUAAUAUGCCCCCACCACCAGCCUAUGACAAUAACCCAGCCUACCCCCCAGGGCAGUACCCACCGCCACCGCCCUCGGGAGGAAUAUACCCACCGCCAAAUCAGUACGGAAUGAAACCAUAUUGAACACAUAACUGGACAAAUAAUUAUCACCCUGUAGUUUUCGCCAGUGUGAUGGAGUAGGGAAUUAGCCUGGCUAACUGAAUAAUCUGUGUCUGAUGUGAAAUACUCAUACUCGCAGUCAUUAUCUGGAAAGAGAAAAUCUGUAGAAUUAAUUACAACAGUUAACUUUACACUGUAUUUUUUUUAACACCA